AUGUCAUUGAUCCCUCUCCCAAUCGUAGUCUGUGCCCUAGAUGAUCAGAUCGGCAGGCCCGUGUCAGAGCUACUGCUCCCUAAUAUCGAAGUAAUCCAUUUCAUUCAGAGUCUAGAGGCAGCUCAACAAGAGAUUCCCCAUCUUCUCGCCGGCAACGAUCCCAACUCCCCACAUGCCAACAACGUUGGCUCUCACAACUAUCGCCCAGUACGAUCUAUCAUUUUCGGCCGCGGGUUCGACCUGAAGGACAUCGAAGAGCUCCGGCAAAAAGUCGCUGGCAUUGCCCUCGAGCCUGUUAUCUGGAUUGCCGGUGACCGUAAUCGCAAGCUGCCGCCUGGUGCGCAGCCUCCUCCGAACUACCCGCAGAUAGUUGCAGCCGUUGCGUCAAAUUUGUUGAAUUCUUGGAUUGAAGAGGGUGCAUCUGAGGAUAAGAUUAUCUUGUAUCAGAAGCUGUAG